AUGGAGGACCGCCGCCAGAGAAUGCGGGCAUAUCGGCGGGCCCGCCGGAAGUUUGCAUGCGUCGUCUACAUGGUGACCAUAGCCUGGAUGGUCCUGGCCCUCUUGCAGUGGCUCCUGGUCAGCCUGAUAUCGGACAUAAGUGUGACCUUUACGGACUUUUACUGGAUUAGCGUGAUCUUCUUCGCGGUGGCCAUGGUAAUGGUCACGCUGUUCAUAUUCUUCGAGAAGAUCCGCUUCAUCAUUGGCCUCAACUGGCUGAUCACCGUGCUUAUAGUGGAGUUUGUGAUAAUUGGUAUUUUCGCUCUGGUGGCAAGAACUCUUUGGCAGGACUUGAUAAUGUGGUUUUUCAUCUGUGUGCUGCUGGUCUUCCUGUUUGUGCUGCUGGGAUCCAUUAUACCACACGAUCUCACAUUGGACGUUGUAAUACUGUUUGUAAUGGCCUUUAUUUUCCUGAUCGUCACCGUAUUCUUUGUCAUGAUGCACAUUCUGAUCGAUAUGCCGUACUCCUUUGUGGUAUUCCAGAUCUUCAUAAGCACUAUUGUGCUCUUGUUCGUGAUGUACCAUGCCCAGACGAUCAAUGGUGGACGCUUUGCCGAGAUGCGGCUGAACGAUCACCUGCUGGCCUCGCUCAUCCUCUUCCACGACUUUAUCAUCAUCUUCCUGCUCACCUUCUAUGCACAGAUUAUCUACAAGUUCGCUUCGAAGGCCGCUGUAACCACGAGAUCUCCGCUAGAGGGCAGCUGGUUGCAGACGACACCGACUAAUGGGGAUGAAGUCGUGGAAGACAAUGACGAGGACACCGAUGAAGGACCGACGGCAUUGGGCAGUGAGGGCUCCCCAGGUGUAAAUGCAUCAUAACCCUCCAAAGGGGGCAAUGUAUUCUUCUAGAGGCGAAGCGACUAUUUUCCCCCACUUGGAGUUCGGAUCGAGCGCAUCAAAUUGCAGGAUGCAGGAUUAUCGACAUGGUUGGGCACUUAGUCGACUUGUAAUUAGUGUCAAUUAAUACCUAAAGGUAUUAAGGAGACAUAUUUGGUAUCCUUAAAACGCGAAAAAGCUGUGACUAUACAACAAAGAAUCCAAAAAUGUGCUUAGAACAGCAUAUAUUGCCCACAAUAAAACAGAUAUUUU